AAGAAUUCCAAGUAAGCAUCUCUCUCCACUCUCCUCCCUUAAUAAGCUUUCCCACUGCUUAGUUCCCUCUCUCACACUCUCUAUCUCCUUCCAUUACCUCUAAAGAAGGGAAUUCCUGUGUCUUCAUGCUUAUUCCAGUUUUCUACUUGAAUUGUUAAGCUAAGAAAUGGCAGUCUCCUCCGAUUGCCGGAUCUCAUUUCCGGCCACUAGUCACUUACGUAGCGGCGGUGCUGGUGGUGGUGGUGCCAGCUCUGGGGUGGUCGGAAGUAAUAGAAAGCUUGUGAAGUUCUGCGAUGGAGAGUUGAUGGGGAAGAAGCUUAACCUUGGUAAACUCCGUCAGGGGCCUCAUAGUAAGUUGCUUAGGCCAUUCUUGUCCAUGUCUCUCACAGCUGAUGUUCCCUCAAAGGCUAUGCUGAGGGGCCUGGAGAUGGAAAGGCGGGACCCACGGACUGUUUUGGCCGUUAUACUAGGUGGAGGAGCUGGGACUCGUCUCUUCCCCCUCACCAAGCAAAGAGCAAAACCUGCUGUACCCAUAGGAGGUGCAUAUAGGCUUAUUGAUGUCCCAAUGAGUAGCUGCAUAAACAGUGGGAUAAACAAAGUUUACAUUCUAACUCAGUUCAACUCUGCGUCGCUUAACCGACAUCUUUCACGUGCUUACAACUUCGGCAAUGGAGUCAACUUUGGAGAUGGUUUUGUUGAGGUUCUAGCAGCCACACAGACUCCAGGAGAGACAGGUAAAAGGUGGUUUCAAGGUACUGCAGAUGCUGUUCGGCAAUUUCAUUGGCUUUUUGAGGAUGCUAGGAGCAAGGUAAUAGAGGAUGUUCUUAUUCUUUCUGGAGACCAUCUAUACAGGAUGGACUAUAUGGACUUUGCGCAGAGUCAUCGGCAGAGUGGUGCUGAUAUUAGUAUUUCUUGUCUACCUAUGGAUGACAGCCGAGCCUCAGAUUUUGGCUUAAUGAAGAUAGACAAUAAAGGGAGGGUCCUGUCAUUUAGUGAAAAACCAAGAGGAGCAGAUUUGAAGGCAAUGGCAGUAGACACAACAGUUUUGGGUGUGUCAAGAGAAGAAGCACAAAAGAAACCAUAUAUUGCUUCCAUGGGAGUGUAUAUCUUCAAGAAGGAGAUCCUUCUGAAUCUUCUGAGAUGGCGUUUUCCUACAGCAAAUGACUUCGGAUCUGAAAUAAUCCCUGCUUCAGCUAGAGAGUUUGUUAUCAAGGCAUAUCUAUUCAAUGAUUAUUGGGAGGACAUUGGAACAAUUAGAUCCUUCUUUGAGGCGAACCUUGCCCUCACUGCACAUCCACCAAAAUUUAGCUUUUAUGAUGCUGCAAAGCCAAUGUAUACAUCAAGAAGAAACUUGCCACCAUCAAGGGUUGACAACAGCAAGAUAAUUGAUUCAAUCUUGUCGCAUGGAUGUUUUUUGGAUAACUGUGUCGUAGAGCACAGUGUUGUUGGUAUACGAUCCCGGAUAAACUCUAAUGUGCACUUAAAGGAUACAGUGAUGCUUGGUGCUGAUUAUUAUGAAACUGAUGCUGAAGUGGCAUCACUUUUGGCUGAGGGAAGGGUCCCAAUUGGAAUAGGAGAAAAUACAAAAAUCAGGGAAUGCAUCAUUGACAAAAAUGCAAGAAUUGGAAAAAAUGUCACAAUAUCUAACUCAGAGGGAAUUCAAGAGGCAGACAGAUCUUUGGAAGGUUUUUACAUCCGUUCUGGCAUUACCAUCAUAUUAAAGAACUCAACAAUCAAAGAUGGAUUUGUAAUAUGAUUUUGUCAGUUCCACUUCAGGGUCAAAAUUAAUCUGCCGAUAAGCAGACUUAGUGUGAAAGAAGAGAGUUGAUGUAAUUUUAUUUAUAAUUGUAAUCACAACAAAUGUAAUAUAAGCGUAUCAGAGCACUAUUAUGUGCAUUAUGAUACAAAGUUACAGCUUUUUUGUUCCAUGAGACUACUGAACAAAGAAGUGAAUUCAAGAA